AGCGGACAUUAGUGAGGAGGAGCCCGGCAGAGCGGGACGCGUCCAGUCGAGGAGGCUUUCAGGGUCACCGGGAAGCGGCUCGUUCCGACCGCGAACGCAUCCGGCCGCUCGUUUUAUUCACAUUUUGGGGCUUUUUCCUCCCGGUUCCGCUGUAUGACUCCGUGCUGUUGGAUUCAUUUCAAACACAGGCUCUAAUAUAGAGAAUAUAAAUGUUAUAUAUAUUCUCUAUAUGCGUGUGUUCUCAUUGAGAAUCAGUCCCACCCUCCUCCGUCACCACCAACUUUGGAGCCGCGAGCGGCCCGGGCGGGGGAGCGAGCCUCGGCGCGCCGCGCGGCCGUGCGGGAGGAGACGGCCAGCGGCCGCUCGUUUUUACCACCGCGCGGAGGAAGCGGGGCGGAUUUAUCCCCAAUCACGCCACGGGAAUUAAACCCGCAGGAGAUUCCACGAUCUGUUAAGGCACUCGACACAAUGGGGCUCCUGAACCUCUGAGGGGUUCAGCACAAAAGGCCGAAGGGGAAGAGGAACUAAAGCCGAGGGAGGAGGAAGAGGAGGAGGAGGAGGAGGAGGGAGAGUCUUACCCGGCGCCAGCCCAAAAUAACAGGAGAGCGCUUUAGAAGGAGGGAUUUGCUCUAUCUGGUGGGGUCGCAUGCCCCCCCGCCCCCCUCCAGUCCCUCCCACUUGGACAUCCUCUUUUUUACUCCAGUGGUUUUUCCUCCUCGUGACCCACGAGAAGGAGCAGAAUGCGCAGCGGAGCGAGCGCGGGACGCGCCGGGCCGAGCGGCGCCCUAAGCGAGAGCCCCCCCCGGACUGCAGCGCUGCUGCUGGGCCUGCUGCUGGCCGCGGCGGUCCGCGCCGACGUGGAGGUCGCCGCGGCGGUGGGAGGAGGCUACCUGGAGGCCUCCAUGCACUCGUCGCUCCUCGGGGACUUGCCGGAGGCACGGCGAGGCGUCCGGGCGCUGGAGGACGUUGCCGCGGCGACGCAGCCGAGCCCGUCCGCGCCCGCCGCCGCCGCCUUCCCAGACUCCUCGGCAGCCGUUGGCCGGAUCUUCCAGAUGACGGUGCCGAACAAGCUGGAGGACAUUUACCUUGGUGACAUCGUCAAGGUCACGGAGACGGGGACGGACUCGCUCCCCGCCUGGCUGCACUGGGACGCCAGCAGCCGAGUCCUGCGGGGUCUCCCUCUGGAGGAGGACAAAGGCGUCCAUUACAUCUCGGUGACCAUCUCAAACCACAGCGAGUCCUCCUCCUCUUCAGAGGUGUUCUCCAUCGAGGUGCACCCUGAAGAUCAUGUGGACGCAGACGCAGCCCAGGUGGCAUCCAACCAGGUGUCCACAGAAGACGACGUCCAGCCGUUCGCGUGUAGCAACGAGGCGCCGAUCACGCUGCUGACCGUGAUCCUGGACGCCGAUCUGACCAAGAUGAGCUCGGAGCAGAGGGUGGAGCUCCUGGAUGACAUGAGGAUCUUCUCCGGCGUGGGGCUCCAGCACAUGAAGAUACUUCCUGUGGUGAACAACCGGCUGUUCGACAUGUCUGCCUUCAUGGCGGGGCCGGGGAAUGCCAAAAAGGUGGUGGAGAACGGUGCCCUGUUGUCCUGGAAGCUCGGCUGCUCACUGGACCAGAGCACCGUCCCAAAUAUCAGCAGCGUCCAGGGUCCUGCAAAGGAAGGGACGAUGUCCGCCAAGCUGGGCUACCCGGUGGUGGGAUGGCACAUCGCAAACAAAAAACCCCACAUCCCGAAGCGGGUGAGGCGCCAGUUAAACAACACCCCGACCCCUGUGCUCACGGCAGUCCCUCCAACAACCAUCGUGGAGCCUCCAGUGAGGAUUAUCCCAACCCUCUCCUCUCCUUCUAUCGCCGCACCAACCGAAAGCUCUGCUCCCCCUGUGAGGGGCCCCGUCCCCCUACCAGGCAAGCCUACAAUCAGAAUGCGUGACCCCGUUAACCACACCCCAACUCUGGCACCGCCUCUGCCAACGAGGGUUGUGGAGACCACCAGCACCAUUGCUAUCCAGCCGACCAUGACCAGGCCUCCGUAUGUGGAGCCCACUGCCACAGUAACGGCACCACCUAAAAGACCUACUAAGAAACCCAAGAGACCCAAAACCACACCUGUGACCAGGGAGCCAAAGACCUCCACGGCCAAGCCGGCCAGGCGCACCACACCAUCACCUGCCGUCAACAUUGACCCUUCCAACGAGAAGCCUGUCCUGCGAAACCCAAUUGACCAGGUCAAUGCAUUGGUCGGCACCUACUUUGAGGUCAAGAUCCCCUCUGACACCUUCUUCGACAAAGAGGAUGGGACCACUGACAAGCUGCGUCUAACUUUGAGACAGAACCACAAUGAAGUGGUCGGAGAGGCCUCCUGGAUUCAGUUCAACACCACCAGCCAGCUUCUCUUCGGCCUGCCUGAUGUCCAACACGUGGGGAAACACGAAUACUUCAUGCAGGCCACUGACAAAGGUGGCCUGAAUGCUAUUGACGCCUUUGAGGUUCGUGUGAACCGCUGGCCCAUCAAUGACAAGAGCCCAGUGAUCUUCAAGGCCCGAUUCGAAGGUGAUCCACAUUCAAUAACAAAUGACAUCCACAAGAAGAUCCUACUAGUAAAGAAGCUGGCCUACGCACUCGGAGACCGCAACACCAGUGCAGUCAGUCUUCGAAAUAUAAGCAAAGGGUCCAUUGUGGUGGAGUGGACAAACACCAGCCUACCGCAGCAUCCAUGUCCGAAAGAACAGCUCACGGUCAUGAGCAGGACGCUAGCCAGUGCUGACGGAAGGCCCUCGCAGACCUUCAGGCACUCUCUGGAGCCUGAAUUCAGACCGCUGGACGUCACGGCCAAAGGCAGGGCCAGCUGCAGAACGUAUUCCUUCAUCCCACCGGGAGACAUCGAUAUCCCAGAACCCGCAGCGGUCACGCCGGCUCUGGGAACGGGCCGGCAGAGCACAGACGACGUCUAUCUCCACACGGUCAUUCCCGCUGUGGUGGUGGCAGCCAUCUUGUUGAUAGCGGGCAUCAUUGCGAUGAUCUGCUACAGGAAGAAGCGAAAGGGCAAGUUGACCAUCGAGGACCAGGCCACCUUCAUCAAAAAGGGGGUUCCCAUCAUCUUUGCGGAUGAACUUGACGACUCUAAGCCGCCUCCGUCUUCCAGUAUGCCCUUGAUUUUACAGGAAGAGAAGCCCCCACUUCCGCCCCCCGAGUACCCCAACAUGGCUACGCCAGAGACCACCCCCCUCAACCAGGAGCUGCUGGGGGAGUACACUGCCCUGCAGGACGAGGACCCCAAUGCUCCCCCCUACCAGCCACCGCCUCCCUUUACCACUCCCAUGGAGGGCAAAGGCUCCCGUCCCAAGAACAUGACUCCCUACAGAUCUCCACCUCCCUACGUGCCCCCCUAAGACUUAUUCCACCCUCCCCUCUCAGGGUGGAGGACGCCUGAGGAACUAACAGUCUCCAUUCUGGUGUUUGUCUGACAUUAACAGGGAGAGAUGACAAGAGGUGCUAAAGUAUUAAACAGCUACAGGGGACUUUGGUUUGGGAGGGGGGGCCGUGAUGCGCUGGGUGUUUUUGUUUUUUACAGUUGACUCGUGGGGCGGUUUGUGGAUGCAGCUGGGACGGACUACUGAUUUAGAGGUAGCCCAGCUACUCAGUGGCCUAAGACAAACUAUCCCUCGUCACGAUGGUCACAAGCGACGAUCGGGGGACGAGACCUUCCGUCCCGGCAUCUCCUCUUCUUUGUUUUUACGCUUUACUCGUUUUCGGUUUUCCAUCAAUCCCGAGGUUACUACUCUUUUUUUCCUCCUCUGGACUGAACGUUUGUCUAACAGCUCUUCUUUCGUGUGGAGUCGGUGAGCUGCCACAGACCACAGCAAGCGACAACUCAAGGUUUUAAUUAGGGGAGUGAGAUUCUCUGAAAACGAAGGAUCUCAAAACGAGGAUGCAGACGACAAGAGAAUGGGAGUGUGUGUGUGUGUGUGUGUGUGUGUG